GCUAGCAGGAGCAGUGGGUGAGCAGAGGAGCUUUAGGCAUCAAGAAGCUGCACCAGCUGAGUAGUCUCAAGCGGGAGGACGCCUUCUGGAGAGGGCGGUCGGCUUGGGCUGGCAGGAGCAGACGUACCUCGUGCCUUGGGUCGUGGGGAAGCCAUUGUCCUGCCUGCCCUAUCGGUGGCAGAUCCAAAUCGGGUACUCGCCAUAUGUGGGGAGGACGAAACGGGAGGACCGGUGCCGGCAUGAAAGCAAGCGCGACUCCAAAGGAUGUAGUCUCCGACAGAAAGGCCCGACGUCGCUGGCGGCAGGAGAAGGAGGUGGAGCAGCCGCAACACUCGUGUGAGGCGAGACCCAGACUUCUCCUAGAAGUUGACUCGCUUUCCAAGAAAUGCUCGCCCGGCAAGCGACAUGGGUUCCAGCGCAGGCGGUGUGUAAGUUGCCCGGGGCAAGUGGUGUUGAGGGCGAGGUGGCCAGCGCGGGAGGCCGUGGUCCGGAUCGCGGCCGAGGAGGAGGAGGAGGAGGAGGAGCACGUCAAGUCGCGUUCAAGACAGAUCACGGGCGGCGUGGAGCGCGAGGCCGUGCAGGCGCUGGCGGGGAGCGUGGAUGGUCGACAAUGGUCACAGCGAGACCGGCAUGUUUCUGUACGAGCAAGGCGUGGGCGGCGGCGGAGGCGGGCGGCGCGAAGGGAAGCAAAGGAAGCAGCAGGCGUGGUUGAUGCGAAAGGCGGACCGGCGCCGCGAUUGGGGAUCGGGAGCUGGAGGGGCUGAUGACGGUCGGGGGCCGCACAGCGGUCGCGGUGGACGAUAACAAGCGCAGAGAGUCGGCGGGAGGGCCAGGCCAGAGCAGAGCACUGCUGGGCGUGCCUGGCCUGUCUGUCUGUCUGUCUGUCUAUCUGCUCGCGGCAGUGGGUGGGCCGCCGUCAACCUCGAGGUGGGGACGGGGGAACGCCAGGGGCAGGCCUCGU